AAUCACAAGACAUUCCAUGCGGAAAAUUAUUUGAAGGGUUAUGCUGACGAUUUUUGUGUCAAAGUAGCUGUCAGUGGGCCUUCCGGUCUUUUCAUUCGCAAUGGCGGUCGGUAAAAGUAAAGCAAUUUCGAAAGGUGGCAAAAAGGGAUCCAAAAAGAAGGUUGUGGACCCUUUUUCGCGCAAAGAUUGGUACGAUGUGAAAGCCCCCAACAUGUUCGCUACGCGGAACAUCGGGAAGACCCUCGUGAACCGCACACAGGGCACCCGUAUCGCUUCCGAGGGUCUCAAGAACCGCGUGUUCGAAGUGUCUCUGGCUGAUUUGCAAAACGACAACGAUGCCGAGCGUUCCUACCGCAAGUUCAGGCUCAUCGCCGAGGAGGUUCAGGGCAACAAUGUCCUCACCAAUUUCCACGGAAUGGACCUCACGACGGACAAACUGAGGUCGAUGGUGAAGAAGUGGCAAACCCUGAUUGAGGCCAAUAUUGACGUGAGGACAACUGAUGGCUACGUUCUCCGUGUCUUCUGCAUCGGCUUCACGUCCAAGGAUUCGCUAUCGCAGCGUAAGACGUGCUACGCCCAGCAUUCCCAGGUGAAAGCUAUCCGCAAGAAGAUGUGUGACAUUAUUACACGCGACGUAGCCAGCUGCGAUCUCAAGGAGGUGGUCAACAAACUCCUCCCUGACUCCAUCGCCAAGGACAUUGAGAAGUCCUGCCAGGGCAUCUACCCCCUCCACGAUGUCUACAUCAGGAAGGUGAAGGUGCUCAAGAAGACACGUUUUGAUCUGUCAAAGUUGCUGGAGCUGCACGGAGAUGGCGGCGGCAAGGGCACUGAGGGAGCUGUAGCUGAGGGCGCCAAGGUCGACAGGCCCGAGGGUUAUGAGCCACCAGUUCAGGCUUCAGUCUAAAUUUCAACACAAUGUCAUGUGUUAGAUUUUUGGUGGCAAAAUAAACAACUUGAGAGACA